AUGAAGGUCUCUGCAGCUCUUCUGUGCCUGAUGCUCACAGUAGCCGCCUUCUGCAUUCCCACGCUUGCUCAGCCAGAUGGGAUCAACAUCUCCACCUGCUGCUAUGAAACCCGGAAAAAGAAGAUCUCCUUGCAGAAACUGAAGAGUUACACCAGGAUCACCAGCAGCAACUGUCCCAGGGAAGCUGUGAUCUUCAAGACCAAACUGAACAAGGAGAUCUGUGCUGACUCCAAUCAGCAGUGGGUCAAGGACGCCAUCAAACACCUGGACAAGAAAACCCAAGACCCUUGA